UAAAGUCGCAAAAAAAAAGAGAGUAGGUGGUCGCCUCCUCCCCUGAGAUCUGGGGCGUCGAUGGAGUUUCGCCGGCGUUCCGCCCGGCUGCGCGCCGGAGCGGACCGCAUCAGCGCCCUCCCCGACGACCUGCUCCUCCUCGUCCUCGCCCGCCUCCGCUGCGCCCGCGCCGCCGCGCGCACGGGGCUAAUCUCGCGCCGGUGGCGCGGCCUCGCGGCCCGCCUCCGCGAGAUCGUCUUCCGCGGCGUCCCCCUCCACAGGAUCGAAGCCGCGCUCGGCCGCCUGUCUCCCGCGGUUUCGCUCCUCGAGAUCCGCGUCCCCAAGGAGCGCCGCGCCGACACCGCCCGCGGCAAGUUGCUGCUCCGCGUCGGCCCCGCCCGCGGCAACUCGCUGCUCCGCGUCGGCACCACCCGCGCCAACUCGCUGCUCCGCGCCGCCGCGCGCCUCGAGCCGGAGGAGCUCGUCUUCGACCUCCCCUCCGAUCUGAUCGACGGCUCUCUCGUCGUCGACCUGCCCUGCCUGCGCCGCGCCACCUUCAUCGCGCUGCGAAUCUUCCUCCUCAUCCUCCGCGUGCCGGACGGCGCCGAGUUCCCGGCGCUCGAGUCACUGUCCCUGUCGUGCGGCAUCGCGCACGCCCACCUCGACGCCCUGCUCCGCCACUGCCCGCGCCUGCGCACGCUCCGGCUCGGCGGCUUCCUGUUCGACCAAGGCGACCUGAGGGUCAACUCGGCGUCGCUGCAGGAGCUGGCCGUGGACCGCGAGAGCGGGCUGACACACCGCGUCGACAUCGUCGCCCCCGCGCUCAAGCAAUUGUCCAUGUCCUUGAUAGCCACGGAGGUCAGCAUCUCCGUCUUGGCUCCAAUGGUGGAGAAGGUCUCGUGGCACUGCUGCUACAGGGCAGGGUCUAUUACCUUUGGUCUUUGGGAGCUUGAGCAGGUGACGCUGGAGACGUCAGAGAGCCAAGGGCAGCUCCCUUCGCUGCAGAUUCAUGCCUCCAUAUUCCGGUCAAAUUUUCCCGGCGGAGCGAUCAGCUUCACGCAAGAGAUAGCGAAGCAUAUGGUUGUUGCCUUCUCUGCUCUGGAGCUUCAUCUCAAAACAGCCGGGCACGUUUUUGGAGCAAUUGUGUUUCUUCUCCUUGGAAUGAAUCGGAUUCGUCCAGCUGUGCGGAGGCUUAAGCUCGUCCUAUGGAGAACAACGGUGAGAGAAAGAUGCCUACCAAAUUGUCCAUGUCAGCCCUUGGACUGGAGAUCGCAAACUGUCUCCUUCACUCAUCUCGAAGAAGUGGAGAUCACUGGCUUUGAAGGGGUGGGUCAUGAGUUUGAUUUCUUAAAAUUGAUGCUCGGGUGUUCACCGGCACUUAAAAAAAUGACUUUGAAGCUGUCACGUGAUGUGUGGUCGAGGAAAGAUGGAUGCACAAUAAUAAACGACAUCUUCAAGGCGUAUCCAUCCGUGCAAUGCUAUGUUUAUCUUUCCUAUGGGUUCAUCCAUGGCUACCAAAAUUAUCACUGACAUGAUUCUCAUCCAUACCUCUGCAAAUUCUUUGGUUUCGCAUCGGCAAGAUCAUCCUUUCCCAUGCUGAGAAACUCCAUACAUUUUGCAUAGUUUCAGGAGUAAUUUUUCUUGGUUGCUUUAACUGAUGAACUUAAAUGAAUUGUUGAGUGGUUGCCAUGCCAAUCAAUCAUGGAUGUGAUAUAUUGUAUUUGGCCGACCUAUCUCUCUAGUCAUGUGCUCCUACUGAUUCUGCUAA